AUGGAGAAUACUCUACCAAUAGAAAUCAGCCCCAGGGUGGUGAACUGGCAUACCAACCUGUCAGAUUUUGCUAACAUGGUGAAAGCUUUCAUUGGGUCUAACUAUCUUGGUGUGGCGUUUGCGUUCAGACAAAGUGGUUUAGCUGCAGGUAUUGUGGGCCUGUUUUUUAUCGCUGUAUUAACAGAUCAUUGCUGUAAACUGAUAGUCAAAUGUAAAUACGAAGCCAUCAGAAACGUUGUCGACGCUCAACGUAAUUUAAGGGUAACCAAUGGCAACGCUGAAGAAGAUGAAGUCAUCGAAGAAGAAGAGUUGAUGAAGAUUCGUAAACAACUCCAGAGAAGUAUGACAUACGGAGAUGUCGGCCAGCUGUCGAUGGGAAAGUUGGGGUUGUAUAUUGUUAACGCGUGUGUGUUUUUGACUCAGUUUGGUUUCUGUGUUGGAUAUUUCAUUCUGAUUGGAAACACCAUUUUCGCAACGUUUCCCUUAGAUACUUGUGAUUUACAUAAAAAUUUCACGAACGCGAGUGAAUUUACUAUAACUAAUUGCCGAAGAGAUCAUUUAAUAAAAGACCCCCCUCCAAGGUUGAUAACUCUUCGAGACUUGUCGGAAAGUUUAGACAAUCAUACCUCAAAUUUUACAAAUGUAAACGAUUCCAUGAACUCAAUUUUUCCAUUUUUAUCCGAUAUAGACUCAGAACUUUCCAGAAAUACCUCAACUCAAAAUGAUUCUUGGUCAACAUUCUCAGAGGAAGUUUACAUAUCGACGGCACCAUCGUUAAAAUUACUAGUCCUCAUUCCGUUGCCGUUGUUUAUAUUCUUCUCGUACAUUCGUAACCUCCGCCAUCUUGGACCAAUCAGUGUGGCAGCUAAUAUCUCUAUUUUAGUUGGAUGUGUUUCUAUUAUUGUAUUUUUAGUUGAUGGGUUCAGUAUCAGUAAGACGUACAAACUAAUAGAAUAUGAAGGUUUACCGGUAUUUUUUGGUCUGGUUGCCGGAGCGUUUGAAGGAAUUGGUACAGUGAUUCCAAUUGAGUCCAGUAUGGAAGGCAACAGACAUAAUUUCGGACCUUUUUUACACGGAGCUAUCGGCUUCUUAUCAUUUGUUUUGACAUCAUUUGGAAUUAUGGGAUAUCUACGAUUCGGUACUGGUGUUCAACAAAUGUUAAAUGCUAAUUUACCAGCAGGGAGUGAUUUUUCGCUGAUCGUUAAUAUUUGUUUGUUGUUUGGAGUCGUGCUAACGUUUCCGUUAAUGAUGUACCCUGUUAUAGAAUUAGCAGAAAUUUAUACAUUCGCUGAGGGUCGUAUUUGUGCCCCGAAGAAGAAAUAUUAUGACGAUGAUGAUGAUGAAUUCCGUAGUGCCAGUGAUCGUGAUUCUCUGUUACCUAGCAACACAGGAACUAAUAUCUCACUUCCUGUUGCCGCCACUAUUUCACAUGAGGUGGCAGGAUGGAAGAGAAAUCUAGUGCGUAUGAUUUUGGUUCUGAUGGCGGCAGGUCUGGCUGUAUUAUUUAGAAAUAGUUUCGCUUAUAUCUUAGCUUUUGUUGGAGGAAUAGGCAGUACGUUGCUAGCGUUUAUUUUACCGUGUAUUUUUCAUCUUAAACUCACCUGGACGACUAUGUCUAUCUGUGUAAAAAUAAAAGAUAUUGUGAUUAUUAUUGUUGCUCCAUUUUAG